AUGGUGCUAUAUUUUACCUUGACGUUAUCGCUAUUUAGUCUACUUGUAUGCGAAGCAUACAAAAAUAAUUUAUUUACCAUUACUAAGUCGGAAGACGGCAGUAAUCAGGAUCCUUUUGAUACAUAUCAACAAUAUUUACAUAAAAUUGUAUAUGGUGAAAACGUGGAAAAAGAUGAUGGAGCUGAUAAUAAUGAAUCAGUUAAACGUCUAGACAAAAAUGACACAAAAAAUUUGCGAUUUUAUGUUAUGGGAAACUUUAUGCAGUCAGAGUUGUUUAACAAUAAAAGUGGAGUCCACCUUCCACCAUUAGAAUUCAUACAACGCGAGCUUUGCGAAUUGAAGAUUACAAGGGAUUUUAUGCAAACUGCUGUGAACGCGUUUGCAAUCUUCCUUUAUGGAUCUUUAGCCGAUAUAGAGAGAUUACCCGCCAACUAUGUGUUACGAUCUGCUCGCAGUAUAUCUAUGAUGAAAAUAGCAAGAGAAAAGCUAGUUGCUACGUGGAAUGUAGUGCGUGGGUCCCAGCCUACAAAUACGAUUACGAUUCAAACUUUAGAAAUGUAUCGGCCACUGUUUAAAUACAUAAAUGGAAGAGAGAUAGCUAGAUUAAAUUUGAGCGAUGAUAGGAUUUUAAGUUAUAUUGGGACACAUGAUGGCCUCGAUAGACAUCAGGUGUUCUAUCAUAUUCGAGCUUGCGAUCCACUGCAACGUAGAUUUUAUCUUGCAAUGAUGACAAGAACUCAAGCACUUGGCAAGUCGUACAGUUGGAAUGCCCGAGAUGUUUCUAGAUUAGGCUUGCUGUUAGCUGAAGUGGAUGGAAGAGACCUUAGUUACAUCAAUCCUAAAGCUAUGUCAGGAAUAAAUGCUCAGGUACUCGUACCAUUUAUAUUUGGA